AUGAACUCUGAUUCAAAUUCUUCUAGUUCAGGGUUAUUUGACUACAUGGUGAACGAAUUUGUAGAGUGGCAUGAAUCAAUUACUGAAAGACAAAAAGAAGAUAAGUUGAUCGAGGAAGCGAUCAAUACAUCUGUUGUUCCCCUUGUAACCUCUACUGCCUUUCUAGAAGAAUUCUUUCCACCCACCAAGACUGCUGAAAUAAGGCAUAAGCUGACUACAUUCACUCAAGAACCUGGUGAAUCACUUCAAGAAGCCUGCACCACCAGAUCCACAUCUAAGAAGGGAAAAUUGGAUGUCGAUGCUUAUGCUCUAUUGUCCUCACAAGUGGCAGCCUUGAACCUGAAGAUCGAUUCUUUGAAGGCUCCUCAGUCUGGUACUCCCCCAAUGAGUAUCAAUGUUAUGUCUAGUGUAGCUCUAGUGACAACUUCUUACUGCGAAGUAUGUGGCAUCCAAGGUCACUUUGGUCAUGAGUGCUCUUAUAGUUUACAGGAUACUACGCAAUUGGAGAAAAAUCCUCAACCCCAGCAACAAUGGUCGCAACCACAGUUCCAUCCACCUCAGGCACAUGUUGCUAGGCCUCCAUUUCCACAAGGAGCCUCACAUAAUGCUCCCCCGGGGUUUAAUAGGCCCCCACACCAAGGCUAUCAACAACAAGCCCCUCAGACCAGUGCUACUCCAGAGCCUAACAUGGGUGAUAUGUAUAAGCUCAUUGCAAAUAUGCAGAAGACCGCAGAGAUAGCCCAAAAGAACCAUGAUGAGAGCAUCAAAGAGUUGAAGAAUCAGAAUAGAAUGUUGGAGAAUCAAGUUGCUCAACUUGUUGACACUCUAUCUCAAAGGCAACCGGGUACACUACCAGGGCAACCUACUCCGCCCCAGAACAGAGAAAGUGCCAAUGCUAUCACUCUUAGAAGUGGCACUAAAUAUAAUGGACCCUCGAUGCCCACUGAUGAUGCAACUCUUGCUAAGGGGAACACAGAUGGACCAGAGAAAGAAAUUGAUGUAGAACCUCAAGUCUCGAAAGUUGAAAAUGCUGAUGACGUUGGCGCAAAUAAGGGGAAGGAGAAGAUCUCUGAUUCUCUCCCUAUUGUGCCUAAGCUUCCUUUCCCUCACCGGAUGCAGAAAACUAAGGUUGAUCAACAGCUUGGUAAGUUCUUGGCAAUGGUCAAGAAUCUUGAGGUAACGGUCCCUUUUACUGAUUUAAUAUCUCAAGUUCCUGUUUAUGCAAAAUUUUUGAAAGAGAUGAUCACUAAGAAAAGGGAUUAUGGUGGUGUGGAGAGAGUUUCUCUAACUGAAGAGUGUAGUGCGAUAUUGCAAAAUAAGUCUCCACCCAAACUUAAGGAUCCAGGUAGUUUUUCCAUCCCCUGUCAUGUAGGUGCAUUGUUCAUCGAUAAAGCAUUGUGUGAUUUAGGUGCAAGUGUGUCUGUCAUGCCCCUUUCUGUCUGUAAUAGGUUGAAUAUGGGAAAACUAAAAUGCACACAAAUCACGUUGCAAAUGGCAGAUCGUUCUAUAAAGUAUCCCUUGGGUAUUUUGGAGGAUGUUCCUGUCCGGGUGGGGAAAUUCUACAUUCCUGUUGAUUUUGUAGUGCUAGAUAUGGAGGAGGAUAGUCAAAUUCCCAUAAUUUUGGGUAGGCCAUUUUUAUGCACUGCAGGUGCCGUCAUUGAUGUCAAGUCUGGGUCUCUUACUUUGAGUGUUGGUGAUGAUACUGUUACUUUUAAUCUAACCAAUGAUGUGAAGUCUCCUAUGCUUGAGAAUACUUGUUGCAGGAUUGACAUUGUAGAAGAGAUUUCUCUAGAAAACAUCCCUAGGAUGUUGUAUGAUGAUCUAUUGCUGGCGACUCUCACCUUGGAGGCCCGAAAAGGAGAAGGAUAUUGUGAGAUUGAUUCCUUGAUCUCGGAUUUAGAUGGAAGUGAAGCUGAGAAGGUCGAUGGUUUUGAGGUACUAGAAAUUGUUUGCUCUAUUUCUGAGCCACAGGUAACGAAAGUAGAACUAAAACCAUUACCAUCUCACCUUAAAUAUGCAUUUCUUGAUGAUAAUGAGGAUUUUCCUGUGAUCGUUAAUGCUGCACUCGAUGAUAGCCAGCUUUCUAAGCUUCUGACCGUGCUCCGUACGCACAAAAAGGCAAUCGGGUAUAGCAUUGACGAUCUCAAGGGCAUUAGUCCUGACUUUUGUAUGCAUAGAAUUAAUUUGGAAGCAGAUCACCGCCCUCGCAUCCAACCACAACGUCGUUUGAAUUUAAUAUGCAAGAUGUGGUUGGCGUAUGUGUAUAGAUUAUCGAAUGUUGAAUACAACCACCUUGAAGGAUCACUUUCCCCUCCCCUUUAUUGA